CUAUCAAUCACCGAUCGGCAGAAAGGUGUGAAGUGCAAACCUGGCAGGAAGGGUGUGAUAGCUACAGUGUGAUAUCUUUAUUAUUUGUGGACGACAACCCCGGCGUCUGAGCGUGUACGUGUGCAACUGUGUUUAUUGAGCUAGAAUCAAAACUGUGUGUUACCGUUUUUGGGUGCCCCACAAAAAAGCAGACAUGAAAAUUAUUUUGGCAGCUUUGGUGCUGGCGUUGUUCGGGACGGUAUGCAGCAGCUACGCCAUCGACUGCACGGAUGUGUGGGAUGAGGAGAGCAUUGCCGAGAUGAUGGAGGAUGAUAGAAAGUACGAGGAAUGGCUCCGAGCCGGUCACCACCAUGAUGCUGUGUAUGGGGAGCAGGAACAUGAUGUCCAUCAUGAGCAGAACGACGACGCCGGUCAGGCAGAGUCAAGCGAAGAGGAUGAGGCUGCGCAUGUACACGAUGGGGAACACGGUCAGCACGGUGAAGCGACUAACGUGGCACACUCCGCAGAAAAGCAUAGGCAGCAGCGUGAUGCACCGCUGUUAGCUGAGGAACAACCAGUUGCCGGUCAGCUGUUGGAGGAAGAACCGUCCGACCUGGAAACCGCCGAAACGCAUCUUUUCCGACCGGUGUUCCGGUACAAGUCGCAGUACACGGAAAGACGUCGAGUGCGAGCGCCGAACGGUGGCGGAGGUGCCAAUUUUGCACCUACUCAAUCAUAAACAAACCCUUUCAUCCAGCGGCUUAUAGUGAGGUCGGCACGUGGAAGGGAUGCGCAUCCAUGUAUUUUUAGUGUUCAUCUGUAAAUUACUCAUCCCCAUCUCAGCAUCAUCAUCAUCAUCUACUAUUGUAAGAGGUUCUGUGAGUGUAAUAAAGAAUGAAGUAGUUUUUUCAUAA